CGGCACACAGCGGAGUGCGGGAGAGCCGCUUGGCUGGUGGAGCCGCGGCCGAGGCCGGGAUGGCGGCGCCGCUCGCUCCGCGCGGGGGAGCCGGCGUUGCGGGCCAGUGCUGGUUGGUGUUGCUGCCGCCCCUGUUGCUGGCGCUGCUGCUAGCGCGGUCCGCGGAGGCCCUGGUGGAGGGGCUCUACUGCGGCACGCGCGACUGCUAUGAAGUGCUGGGCGUGAGCCGCACGGCGGGCAAGGCGGAGAUCGCGCGGGCCUAUCGCCAGCUGGCCCGGCGCUACCACCCCGACCGCUACCGGCCUGAGCCUGGCGACGAGGGCCCCGGACGGACGCCGCAGAGCGCGGAAGAGGCCUUCCUGCUGGUAGCGACCGCCUACGAGACUCUUAAGGAUGAAGAAACACGAAAAGAUUAUGACUACAUGCUGGAUCACCCAGAAGAGUAUUAUAGCCAUUACUACCACUACUACAGUAGGCGCUUAGCCCCUAAAGUGGAUGUUAGAGUUGUGAUUUUGGUCAGUGUAUGUGCUAUUUCAGUGUUUCAGUUUUUCAGCUGGUGGAACAGCUACGACAAGGCAAUCAGCUACCUAGCCACAGUGCCCAAAUAUCGUAUCCAAGCUAUGGAGAUUGCCAAGCAGCAGGGGUUACUCAGAAAAGCCAAAGAGAAGGGCAGAAACAAAAAGUCCAAAGAGGAAAUUCGUGACGAGGAGGAGAAUAUCAUAAAAAACAUUAUAAAAAGUAAAAUAGAUAUAAAGGGAGGCUAUCAGAAACCCCAGAUAUGUGAUCUUCUCCUGUUUCAAAUUCUCUUAGCACCUUUUCACCUGUGCUCAUAUAUAGUCUGGUAUUGUCGGUGGAUCUAUAAUUUUAACAUCAAAGGCAAAGAAUAUGGAGAAGAAGAAAGACUAUAUAUCAUACGGAAAUCCAUGAAGAUGUCGAAAUCUCAGUUUGAUAGUCUAGAAGAUCAUCAGAAAGAAACUUUCCUUAAACGAGAGCUCUGGAUAAAGGAGAAUUAUGAGGUUUAUAAACAAGAACAAGAGGAAGAACUAAAGAAAAAACUGGCAAAUGACCCCAGAUGGAAGAGAUACAGGAGAUGGAUGAAGAAUGAAGGGCCUGGACGGUUAACGUUUGUGGAUGAUUGAGGAUUGCUGGAAUGCUACUAUGCCAAACCUUAAUUGUGAUAUUUUCAUAACUGAAUUAUUUUAGAAAUGUAUCAACUGCUCCUCAGCAGUACUUAAAAUUCCUCAAAUAUUUGAUUAAACAGAAUAAUGUAGAAAUUUAAAUUUUCCCUUAAAACUUUAUACCUAAGACAUUUAUUAUGAUUGUUCAAUUUUUAUAAUCUAUUUGUGGAUUUUGUUAAAUGAUCUGACAUGAAGAUUUACUUGUUGCCAUUUAAAAUUUUUAUAUGUUUAGUUAAAAGAUUUGACAUGAAAAUUUAUUAGAUACCAUUUAAAAUUUU